AUGUCGGCAGAAAGUCCUGGACAGCAGCAUGGCUUCAAAGCCUUCUUAAGCAAUGCCUUACGUCCUAAGAAAUCCCGUCAAACCCUCCGCAAGGGCAGCAGAUCGACUACAGACCUGCGGCUGGCCGCACGCUCCAGUGUUGAUGAAGCGCCUCCGAUGCCAGAAUUGGCGCCAUUGCACGCACACAGACUUAAGUACAAGGAAUUGCACACUCAAGUGGAUACCCAGUUGGGCGAGCGACAAGAUUACACCGAGAUCAUCCAUUCUCUCGGAACAUUGGACAUGAACGGCAACACCGGCUCUGCAUACGAAUAUUACGACCGCAGACCACCAGGCGAAGGCGACAUAGCCAGUCUUCCACCGAAGCUAUGGGCUGAAAUAGCAUCAUACCUAAACCCAGCGGAAGCAGCCAGCCUCGCAAUCGCCAGCAUAACUUUAUACCGACGGCUUGGACCCAGAUACUUCAUGUCCCUCGACCACCCCUCAAACAUAUCCUACAAACUCACCUUCCUCUCCGGCCUGGACCAAACCCUCCCUCACCACCUCCUCUGCAUCCCCUGCGCAAUCUACCACCGCCGCACCCAAGAAGGAACAGAACGCCUCAGACCCUCCCACGUCCUAAACCCCCUCUUCAACUGCCCAAACGCUACAAACUCAGGCAACCCACCACCUCGCCAUCGCAUAACCCACGGCCGCCUCCUCCCCUUCACCUUUGUUCAACUCACCAUGCGCAACCGCCGUUUCGGGCCCCGAUACGGCCUAACACCAGACACGCUAGGCCGGCGCUGGCAACGCGACGACUGGUCGCAUACCACUCGCUUCCACAUUAACGAUGGCCAUUUGUUAAUGCGCGUAACAAGCCAGACAUUCGCAGAACCAGGGCUCACACCAUCAGCCAUGCGCAUGCUUCUUUACAGCCGCGAGGACUACUGGCCAUACUUCAGCGCAUGCGCACACUGGCGCGAUGGCGAACUGAUGCCCGCCUGUAAAUGCGCAUUAGAUCAUAUCCCCAAAAUACGACAAACAGGCGGAUUGCAGGGUAUCGAACACCGCGUGAAAGAUCGCAUUGCGGGCCAGAGGUUUGAUCCGAAUGCGUUGACGACACUUUGUGGGUUCUGUAGACCUAUGCGAAGGUGCCCCGAGUGUCCAACUGAAUAUCUCAUUGAGGUUAAACUCUGCGAGGACCGGACAGAUGGACGGUUCAAGCAGGCUAUCGUUGUGACGCGAUGGACGGAUCUUGGUGAUGGGACUACGCCGGGUGGUAUUGAGUGGGGUGCUAUCAAUGGGAAAAGGGACGACUAUGAUUCUUUUGAGCAUUAUGCCAAGCGCGGUAUUGCUAGUAUUUUUGAGGCCGCUUUCACGGCCGAUACUUUGCCCGGGCAGCGGGUCCUCUCCCUUAACCCUAAGAAGAAGAAGUUGGGCGAGAAGGGGAAUGGCUGGUAUUAG